AUGGAGAAAUAUUUCAAAAGAACCUCAUCAUUGGAGAUUGGAUUCCAAAACAAUUCAUCGACUUCUUCUAAUAAAAGGAGGUUUUUAGAAUUUGAAGUAGAUAAUCUUAUAGCAGAUCCAGGACAACGACCAAAGAUUUCAAGUUAUCACCCGAAUGACAGAGACAAAGUUAGAUGUGCAUAUUUGCAAAAAGGUCCUUGUCAACCAAGGACUCACGAUUUUCCGCAAACUGCUUGUGGUUCUUCUUUUCGAAGAUUUAAUCCUAAUUGGUUUGAUGACUAUGGCAACUGGUUAGAGUAUAGUAUAUCAAAAGAUGCUGUUUUUUGUCUUUGUUGUUAUCUUAUGAAACCUGAGACUGAAGGUGGUGAUGCUUUUGUAACUACUGGCUUUUCAAAUUGGAAAAAAAAGGAGAGACUACAAAUUCAUGUUGGGAUUCAUGAUAGCGCUCAUAAUCAAGCUUGGAGAAAAUGUGAAGCACUUAUGAGACCAAAACAACACAUCACUGCUGCUAUUGAAAAACAAUCUGAGCAAGCUAAAAAGAAUUAUCAAAUUCACUUGACAGCAACAAUUGAUUGUAUUAGAUUUCUUUUGCGACAAGGAUUGGCCUUUCGUGGUAAUGAUGAGACAGAUGAUUCUGUUAACCAAGGAAAUUUUUUGGAACUUCUAAACUUUCUUGCGCAACAUAAUGAAGAGAUUGGUCGUGCUUUCAAAAAUGCUCGUGGGAAUCUUAAACUAAUAGCACCCUCAAUUCAAAAAGAUAUUGUAAGAGCUGCUGCAAGGGAAACGACAAAAGUUAUUGUAGAUGAUAUUGGGGAUGAAUUAUUUGCUGUAUUGGUUGAUGAAGCCCGUGACAUUUCUAUUAAGGAGCAAAUGUCAGUUUGCUUAAGGUAUGUGAAUAAAGAAGGACAAGUUAGGGAGCAUUUUCUUGGUCUUGUUCAUGUUUCUAAUACUAAUGCUUUAUCUCUAAAAUUAGCAUUGGAGUCAUUAUUAGAAACACAUAAUUUAAGUUUAUCAAGAGUACGUGGACAAGGAUAUGAUGGUGCAAGUAACAUGCAAGGAGAAUUUAAUGGUUUGAAAACUUUGAUAUUGAAAGAAAAUUCUUAUGCUUUCUAUGUACAUUGCUUUGCUCACCAACUUCAGUUAGCUCUUGUAACGGUUGCAAAAAAACAAGUUGAAAUUGCUUUGCUUUUUAAUUUGUUAACUAAUUUGUGCAAUGUUGUUGGAGCUUCGUGUAAACGAAGAGAUAUGCUUCGUGAUAGUCAAAUGACUAAGACAAUUGAAGCACUAAAAAGUGGAGAAAUUUCUAGUGGGCGUGGUUUGAAUCAAGAAAUAGCUUUAAAAAGAGCUGGAGACACUAGAUGGGGUUCACACUAUGGAACUAUACUUAGAUUAAUUUCUUUAUUUCCUUCUGUGGUUAAUGUUCUUGAAUAUGUUGAGGAAGAUGGAAAUAAUUCAGAACAAAGAGCUGAAGCAUGUCAUUUAUUGAAUGUCAUUCAAUCCUUUGAAUUCAUUUUCAACUUGCACUUGAUGAAAAAUAUCUUGGGAGUUACUAAUGAGUUAUCUCAAGCGUUACAAAGGAAUGAUCAAGACAUUGUAAAUGCUAUGGCAUUAGUCAAAGUGUCUAAGCAACGGUUGCAAAAUAUAAGAGAUGAUGGCUGGUCUCUUUUACUUGACGAAGUCUCACUGUUUUGUGACAAACAUGAUAUUACUGUUCCAAUCAUGGAUGAUAUAUUUGUGUCACAAGGAAGAUCAAGACACAAAGCUCAAAAGAUAUCAAAUUUGCAUCAUUUUCAAGUUGAGAUAUUCUAUCAAGUAGUUGAUAUGAGACUUUAA